AUGGCUCAAAGUGAGAAGUCAUCAAGCAUUAGUGAUUAUGAAAAGGUUGAUGAAAGGGAGUAUAGGAGCGUAAUUGGCUGUUUACUCUAUUUGACAGCAACUAGACCGGACUUGAUGCAUGCGAUCGGUUUAUUGGCUAGAUUCAUGCAUUGCUCGAAUAUGGUGCAUUUCAAAGUCGCUAAAAGAGUGUUGAGAUACAUCAAGGGAACCUUGAGGCUUGGUGUAUUGUUUAAGAAAGAAAAAGCAGUUGAACGGCAGAAGAUAAAUCAAGCCAUUUGGCUUAGGAAGUUGCUAUGUGAUCUAAAUGAAGAGCAACUUGAUGCUACCGAGAUCUUGGUUGACAACCAAUCGGCGGUUGCAAUAGCCAAGAAUCCGUAUUUCAUGGAAAGACCAAGCAUUUCAAAAUCAAGUUCCAUUUUAUUCGAGAAGUUGAGCAAUCCAGAGAAGUUAGCUUAG